GAAGAACCCCUUUCUACUGCUAGCUCUCUAAUGGCGUCACUCCAUCUCCUUCCUCGCUCUCCCCACUUCCACUACCCUCACAGUCCCUCUCUCCUUCACCGACCCAACAAGCCAUUCAUCCCCAAUGCUUCAACCACGCACAAAUUCCAUCCCUUCUCCGACCUUCCCUUCGCCGGCACUCGCUCGGCUCCCCCUAUAUCCGCCGCGAGCGGCGGCGACGUCAGCAGCGGCGGCAACGGCGGCGCCGAGUCCCCGAAACCCACCCGACGAGGAAGGAAGAAGAGCGCUUCCGCUUCUUCGUCGUCCGGGAAGAAGACGAAGCGCGCGUCGAAAACCGAGGCCGAGAAUGGCGCGGUCGCGGUCGCGGCCGAACCGGCCGAGGCUCGAGCUCCGGAAGAGGAGGACGAAGGCGGCGACGACUGGGACUACGAUGAUGGAAUCGACUCCUACGACGACCCGCCUCUGGUCUGCUGCUUCGGCGCAGCGCAGCGGGAGUUCGUGCCAACGGUGCGGGUCCACCACAACCCGAUGCACCCGGACAUCUACUCGCAGUGGAAGAUGCUGCAGUGGGACCCGCCGGAGUUCGCGCGGGCUCCCGGUGGGCCGCCGUCGAACGUGGCGAUCUCGCACGUGCGGCUCGGCGGGCGGGCGGCGUUCAUGGGGAAGGUCGGGAGGGAUAACUUUGGGGGCGAGCUGGUGUUGGCGAUGAACAAGGAGAGGGUCCAGACGAGGGCCGUGAAGUUCGAUGGGGAUGUGAAGACUGGGCGUACUUAUAUGAAGGUGAAGUUCGAGGGAGGGAGGAUGAGGAUGGAGACUGUGAAGGAGUCAGCUGAGGACUCGCUUGCGAGCUCCGAACUGAACCUAGCUGUGCUCAAGGAGGCUAAAAUCUUCCACUUCACUUCUGAAGUUCUGACCUCCCCUUCAAUGCAUGCCACACUCUUCAGAGCUAUCAAAUGGUCUAAAAAGUUUGGCAGCCUUAUAUUUUUCGACUUGAAUUUGCCGUUACCUUUGUGGAGAUCAUGGGAUGAGACAAGGGAGUUAAUCAAGAGAGCAUGGGACGAGGCUGACAUUAUUGAAGUGUCUAGGCAAGAGUUGGAAUUUCUUCUAGAUGAAGAUCAUUAUGAGAGGAAAAGAAAUUAUAGACCUCAAUACUAUGCUGAAGAUUUCGAGCAAACUAAGAACCGGAGAGAUUAUUAUCACUAUACCCGGGAGGAAAUAUCUCCAUUGUUGCACGAUAAGCUCAAGUUCAUAUUUGUAACCGAUGGAACACUUCGGAUCCAUUAUUACACCCCCGAGUUUGAUGGUGUUGUUGUCGGUACAGAAGAUGUUCUAAUUACACCUUUCACCUGUGAUAGGACGGGUUCCGGAGAUGCUGUUGUGGCUGGGAUUUUGAGAAAGCUGACAACUUGCCCUGAAAUGUUUAAUAAUCAAGACAUUUUGGAAAGACAACUUCGAUUUGCAGUUGCUGCUGGCAUUAUAUCACAGUGGACGAUUGGUGCCGUCAGAGGAUUUCCUACUGAAAGUGCGACACAGAAUUUGAAAGAACAGGUUUAUGUGCCAUCAAUGUGGUGAAUGGACCGUGUCCUAUAUUAUGUGAUAGAAGUUUCGAUUGCGAAGCCGGACCAAUGGAGAAAGUUUCCUCAUUGUUUGAAAAAAGUUGUUGAAGAUGAAACGGGGGUUUAUUGUUUCCUUUGUCAGCUGAUGAGCUGCACGGUCGUCUGGUUCCUCAUUUAUUUGGAUCCGACCUUGGGAACGAUCAGGACUAAGGAGUUUCAUGUGAUGUCUAUCAAAAUUUAAUGGUCAAAGAUGGUUUUCAGGUCCAAAGCAGCUUAUCAAACUCGAACCAAUUUGAGCUAGUUCGGUGAUGGGACGCCUUCGCGAGAUAGUUUUCGUUGAUGACCGGCGGACCAAUGUACUCUCUUCAGUUGAGACUACAGGGGACAAUAUAACUUUGUAGCAGUAACUGAUCUGACUGAUGUGAGCAUAGACAGAGAUCUGAAUCUUUAUUAUUUUGAGCUGCAACUUCUCUUGUUACGGUAUCACUGGCUUACCGGCCUCAGGAUGAGGAAAGUUUUUUCCUUUUUUCUUUUCCACAUCUCCAAAACCCAAUUGAGCAAAUUUUUUUUCUAGAUUUCUGUGUUUUAACUGAAACGGAGCUGACUUCUUGCCUCCUGCUGAGAGCCUAUUUAGAUUUC